GGGAACGAGGCGAGAUUGCCCUGCUGCCUCCUCUUUCUCCCUCUCUGUCUCUCUGUGGCUCUGUGGCUCUCUCUGUGAGCACUAUUGCUUUUCCGUCCGUCGUGCUUCUUCUCGCGUUCGUUCCGCUUUGCACCAAACCGAGGAUCGCGAAGAGAACAGUUUUUCCAGUCCCGAAAAGAUCGCUGGAUGGCCAAGGAAGAGAAGACAAAAUAGUUCAGUGUCAGAUCAAUCCCGAGAAGGAUGAGAGUGGAAAUAGCUCAUCGCGAUCUUGUGUUCCCCUUAAGUGUGUCUGUCGCCAAACGAGGCACUACUACUAGUAGGUACUACUAGGGACUACCAUUGAGUGUGAGCCGGCCUGAUUCGAGUGCAUUGGAACGUAAAAACUGUGAAUAACCAAACACAAAGCCGUUCUUCGAUCCAUCCCGUGUGAGUCAGAGCAGAUAGAGCGAAAUAGAGAGUGCCACGAGACGAACGACGUGGUCCUCCUGUGACAAGUGCAGUGAAGUGAUAUUCAAAUGGCGGCACUCUGGCCAGAGAUGAUCCACACGGCGAGUUCCACUCACUCUGUCUCCACUCCCCAAGUAGACGGCUGAGCACGGCUGAGCACGGCUGAGCUCUCGAGUAAAUGAUGAUGAAUGUCUCCCAUUGGAACUGAAUGGAACCAAUGGUGAAUUGUAUGCAGACCCUGAGAGAUCCCAAGAUCACCCGUCAGCAUCCACUGCGGCUCACCAAGACCGAGUAAACAAAAGCUACCACGCUCCCUCGGUUGGUCGAGGCCUGGUGGCCCACCAUUCUCAUCAGACUGACAUUGCCAGUGUUCAACACAUCAACUCGCAUACUUGUUGGCUCUCAAGUUCAUCUGCACGGACCUUCUGAUCAAGAUGAGGAUCAUUCCGUGCAACCACUCGGUGGAACGCCUAGUGCUUGUUCUAACAGUCGUGAGCCUUAGUUACUGUCAAUAUAAAGUCCAGAGACAAGACCCAUUUGCCUUGCUCUCGGCCACCCUACAGACAUAUCAAGAAGCCUCGUGUGAUAACCAGGUCCUGAGCCUGGAAUGUCCCUCGGGAACCAAGAUCUCGAUCCAAUUGGUGCAGUAUGGAAGAUCCGCUCCAUCCAACCAGGUGUGUCCUCCGACCCGAGAAUUCCCCAAGGUGUAUGAAGGCACGGAAAACCUGGAGUGUCACUUCCCCGAGGCCCUCAAGUUCAUCGAGGAGAAAUGCCAUGGACAGGAACUGUGCUCCCUCAUCACGGCUCCGGAGAUCUUCAGUCGAGACGUGGACCCGUGUCCGGGCUAUCGCAAAUACGUGGAAACCGCCUUCAAGUGCAAACCCACCCAAUUCCGAUCCCGAGUGGUUUGCCAUGGUGACUCGAUGAGGUUGGCCUGCGACAAUCCCGACCAGCGUUUAGCCAUAUAUUCGGCCUCAUUUGCCUCGGCCGAAGGCUCGCAUGUGUUUUGUCCCUCCCGGAGACAAAGGCCAAUCUCAUUCAUGGGACAGGAGGGACCCAAUGCCAACGACGACGAGUCACACUAUCUGGACAAGUAUGGCAUGACCGAUUUGGCCAAAUGUGAGGCCAGCUACGUCACCGAGGCCGUUAUGCAGAUCUGCCAUGGACGACAAUCCUGUGUCAUCUUGGCAGACGGAGAUUCCUUGGGCGCUCCGUCAUGCUCCAAUUCGGAAAAUAUCUACCUCAAGACGGUGUACACCUGCGUGAACCGUGACGUAUUUCAGGCUCAAUACCGAUUCAUUCUCGAUGAGGUGAGUGGCGAGGAAGUGCUAGAGAGCGAUAAGGAUAGCCCGGGCACGUCAGCACCUGUCCCUGAGGCAACUCUAACCCCCGCGGAAUCUGGACUCUCAGCUCGGGAGAUGGAUGCUGAGUACUCGAUUGAGGCAGAGACGAUGUUGGGCGACCCUUCGGUUCAGGUAGAACGGAAUCCGUUUCAACCUUUGGAUAUCCUGGAUGGUCAGCGGGACCCCUCGGCGGGGCUAGAUGGAUCUGUAUCAUCACAAGAGACGGAUGCCACUACCCAGGAGACAGACAUGGUAGUAGGGUUUGUCUCGGACUUUAUGUCUUCCUAUCAGCAUAUAAGACUCCAUAAGGAGAAGUUCAUCAUAUUUGCUUGUCUUAGUGUGGCCCUCGGGCUGCUCCUCUUUUUGGCCAUGCUGGUCUGGGGCAUGUAUCGUUCUCAUCGAUUGGCGAGAAUCAAGGCGUCAAUGCAAAGGCCACCCAGCAUUAUAAAUGCUUACUACACAUCACCGGCUGGCUCGCCCACGGCCCAUAGUCCCCCUGAGGGGUUCAUAGACUUGGAUCAGGAGAUUGGCGACCACGAGGUCGAUACGGCCUUCCGAGACCAUCGUCCAGAACCUCUCAUCAUCGCUCCACAACGUACCUCUCCCAAUCCCAUUUACGGCACUUUAGGACGGCGCAUUUCAAUGGACAAUUUCGUGCCCCACACCUGUGAUAGUAAUUCCCGUGUCUCGACCAUUGUUCACUCCCCCUCUAGUCACUACCCGGGGACUCAGCAGGGUCACCAUCAAACGUCAAGCUGGACUGGCAGCACGAUUAAUCCUCCUCCCUUGACCGGGAUCUUGAGAAACAGCAAUCGAGAUUCUCCCGCCAAUUCGUCCUUGGCUGGGAGUGAUCAGCCCGCUAAAAGCGUGCGUUACUCCACAGUGGGCCGGCCUAGGGUGACCAGUCCUACAUUACGAUCGCCUCUCGUGUCGCCAGAUAAUGAUUUCGCUGACCCGCGGAGUCUCGCCCUUAGUCGUCUGACCAAUGCAGAUCACAUUCUGUAUGGAUGACAAAGAGAUUCGGAGGCCGUGACCAUGACAGCCUCCCAUGCUGCCAAGGAUGACUCUGCGGAUGACAAGCACCAGUGUCCAGAUUGUCAGUUGGAGAGUGCCAAAAAGUUCCUGAAAGAAAUGAAGUUGAAUCGGUAUUAGAAACUACGCGAACAGCCUAGAGGCUGCAAGUCUACCACCGAGCGCGUGAUAAGUUCGACUUGGCAAAUCAUGAGCCUAAAGGUCUUGUUAUGUUUGUCUUACUGAAGCCGCAAAUACUCUGACAACAAUGAUUAUCCUAUUGGAAAUACAAAUCCUCCUAACGAUCACAAAUGAUGAAAUACACCAUCUCAAUAAGA